AUGAAUAAGGAAUUGGAUUACGCAGAGCUGGAAGAAGAGGAUGAAAUGCUGUUAAUGGCUCAUAUGGAAAAACGUGAAGCAAAAAGGAGUGAUGCUUGGUUCUUAGAUUCUGGUUGCUCAAACCAUAUGUGUGCAAGUGAAUGUAUGUUUUCUAGCUUAGACCAGACAUUUUCCCACAUUCUCAAACUUGGAAUUAAUACAAAGCAACGGAAAAAUUGGACGGGGAAAAACAUUGAAAUUGAUAAGAACACAGUCGAAGGAGGAGAAAUCAUAGAGGAAACGACUGAACCGGUUGCUGAAACAAUUGAACCAGUUGCUGAAAACGAAGAAGAGGAAAUCACGGAAGAAACGACUGAAUCGGUUGCUGAAAACGAAGAAGGGAAAAUCACGGAAGAAACGACUGAAUCGGUUGCUGAAACAAUUGAACCAGUUGCUGAAAACUAUUUUUUAGUAACUGUUGCACCAGAUUUGACAAUAAGGGAGGGGAGAAAUCGACAUCCAUCUGUAUGGUUAACAUAUUAUAAUUUCGGUGAAGGCUUAUUUGAAGAAGAUGAAGAAAAUAUGGCAUUCUUGGUGAUUUCAGAUCCUGUGAAUUUUGAGGAAGCUGUCAAAAGCCCAAAAUGA